UUUACCUGCAGUUGUUCACUUUUGUUGAAAGUGACCAUGUCUCAAGUUCAAGUGCAAGUUCAGAACCCAUCUGCUGCUCUCUCAGGGAGCCAAAUACUGAACAAGAACCAGUCUCUUCUCUCACAGCCUUUGAUGAGUAUUCCUUCUACUACUAGCUCUCUGCCCUCUGAAAAUGCAGGUAGACCUAUUCAAAACUCUGCUUUACCCUCUGCAUCUAUCACAUCCACCAGUGCAGCUGCAGAAAGCAUAACUCCAACUGUAGAACUAAAUGCUCUGUGCAUGAAACUUGGAAAAAAACCAAUGUACAAGCCUGUUGACCCUUACUCUCGGAUGCAGUCCACCUACAGCUACAACAUGCGAGGAGGUGCUUAUCCCCCGAGGUACUUUUAUCCAUUUUCAGUUCCACCUUUCCUUUAUCAAGUUGAACUUUCUGUGGGAGGACAGCAGUUUAAUGGAAAAGGAAGGACAAGACAGGCCGCAAAGCACGAUGCUGCUUCUAAAGCGUUGAGGAUUCUGCAGAAUGAGCCCCUUCCUGAGAGGCUGGAGGUAAAUGGAAGAGAAUCGGAAGAAGAAAAUCUCAAUAAAUCGGAAAUAAGUCAAGUGUUUGAGAUUGCACUUAAAAGGAACUUGCCUGUGAAUUUUGAGGUCGCCCGUGAGAGUGGCCCGCCUCACAUGAAGAGUUUUGUGACCAAGGUAUCAGUCGGGGAAUUCAUAGGGGAAGGUGAGGGGAAGAGCAAGAAGCUUUCGAAGAAGAACGCUGCGAUUGCUGUCCUUGAGGAGUUGAAGAAGCUCCCGCCUCUGCCCACAGUUGAACGUGUGAAACCCAGAAUCAAAAAGAAAACCAAGUCCAUAGUCAAGCCUCACACAGGCCCAGACUAUGGCCAGGGGAUGAAUCCAAUCAGCAGACUGGCCCAGAUCCAGCAGGCGAAGAAGGAGAAGGAGCCGGAGUACACACUCCUCACGGAGAGGGGCCUUCCGCGCCGCAGGGAGUUUGUGAUGCAGGUGAAGGUCGGAAACCACACGGCUGAAGGAUCCGGCACCAAUAAAAAGGUGGCCAAACGGAACGCAGCCGAGAACAUGCUGGAAAUCCUUNUUUUUAAUUUAUGUCCCUCAUUUCCCUUUCCUCCUCCUAAGACACCUGUGAAGAAACCGGGAGAUGGAAGGAAAGUGACUUUUUUUGAGCCUGGCUCUGCGGACGAAAAUGGAGCUGGUAAUAAGGAGGACGAGUUCAGGAUGCCUUAUCUCAGCCACCAGCAGCUGCCUGCUGGGAUUCUUCCCAUGGUGCCCGAGGUGGCCCAGGCCGUGGGUGUCAGCCAAGGACACCACACCAAAGAUCUCUCUAGAGUAGCUCUGAAUCCUGCCAAGGCCACGGUCACGGCCAUGAUUGCCCGGGAAUUGUUGUAUGGAGGCACUUCGCCCACAGCUGAGACCAUUUUAAAGAAUAACAUCUCUUCAGGCCACUCACCCCAUGGUCCUCUCACGAGGCCCUCCGAGCAGCUGGACUAUCUCUCCAGAGUCCAAGGAUUCCAGGUUGAAUACAAAGACUUCCCAAAAAACAACAAGAAUGAGUUUGUAUCUCUAAUCAAUUGUUCCUCCCAGCCGCCUCUGAUCAGUCACGGCAUUGGAAAGGAUGUGGAGUCCUGUCAUGAUAUGGCUGCACUGAAUGUCCUGAAGUUGCUGUCGGAGCUGGACCAGCAGAGCGCAGAGCUGUCAAGGACAGGAAACGGGCCACUGUCCAUGUGA